GUUGGAAUUUCAAGUGGUUGACGUGUGACGUGUUAAAAAUGUAAACAUUUUUUCGAGAAAUAAUUUGAGAAAAAUAUCCAGAAAAAUGGCUUUACCAGGCAACGGGAUAUUUGUUGUAAAGGGCGAGAUGACUAUAUUGAUGGCUGCCAUGAAAAGAGGCACAAGAUGGUCAUCCCACUCAUAUUUAGACGAAGAACUAGAUUUACUAAUGAAAAGUUUCCAAGAACUCAAAGAAUUACUGAGCAGAAUCGAUGAUCUUAGACUUAUCGAACCAGAAGUGUUCCUAACCCCAUUUCUUGAAGUUAUUCGUAGUGAGGAUACUACAGGGCCUGUUACCAGUUUAGCCCUAGCUGCUGUAAAUAAAUUCUUGUCAUAUGGCUUGAUAGAUCCUACACAUUCCUCUGUUCCACAAACCGUACACAACAUAGCCGAUGCUGUGACUCAUGCUAGGUUUGUGGGAACAGACCAAUCCUCUGAUGGGGUGGUUUUGAUGAGGAUUUUACAAGUUUUAAGGACACUAACUUUGACUCCUGAGGGAGCAAUGUUAACCAAUGAAAGUUUGUGUGAGAUUAUGCUGAGUUGUUUUAGGAUAUGUUUUGAAACACGCAUUCAUGAAUUGCUAAAAAAGACUGCAGAAUACUACUUAAAAGACAUGGUGCAAUUAGUUUUCAUGAGAUUACCUCAGUUUUCCGAUGAUGUCAGAUCAUUGAGUAUCAAGAAUUUGAAGAUGAGAGCUGGUACAGGUGUGGAACAGACAAAAUUGAAGAAAAAGAGUAGGCAUUCGUUCAGGAAAAAAAGCCAAACAGAAGACAGAGAUGCUGUUGAAGAGAAUUUAUCAAUUAGUAGAUCAGUGUCGGUAGAAACAAAUUCACUAAAUAAUGUGGAUAACGUUGUGGAUGUACAGAAUCAUCUGAUUUCAACAGAUGCAGCGUUAGAAGGUAAUGAACAAGAAAAUAUUGAGAACAUAAGUAUAGAAAGUGAUAAAAUUCAGACAGAAAAUGAAGAAGUUACAGGAGAACAACCUGAGAUAAAUGAAGUUAAAAAUUCAGAAUCGGUCUCUGUGAAUUUAGAAACUGUUCAAAAACAAGUGUCAGACUCACCAGAGUCAUUGAAUGUACCAGAUCAAUCAGUGAAUUCAAGUGAUUCAAAUAAAGAGUAUGUUAAUCAGAGAGGGAUAAGAUUUACACCACAAAUGAUUCAGCCAGAUGAUUUAGUUCUGAUUCCUUACGGUUUGGCAUGUGUCAGGGAAUUGCUUAGAUUUUUAAUCAGUCUAUGUAAUCCAAACGACAAGCAAAACAAUGAGGUUAUGAUCCACUUAGGGUUGACGUUAUUGACAGUCGCAUUCGAGGUGGGAGCUGACAGUAUAGGCAAACAUGCAGCACUACUGUCGCUGGUCAAAGAUGAUCUAUGUCGAAAUUUGUUUUCUCUUCUGAAUUCGGAGAGAAUAUCUAUUUUUGCGGCAGAUUUGCAAGUGUCGUUCUUGAUGUUUGAGUCACUGAGAACUAACCUCAAAUUCCAGAUGGAAAAAUACUUGACUAAGUUGAUAGAAAUCGUAGUUAGUGAAAAUCAAAAAGUGACAUAUGAGCACAAGGAAAUCGCCCUGGAUAACAUUUUACAACUUUGGAGAAUACCAGGAUUUGUGAAUGAACUGUAUUUGAAUUAUGAUUGCGACAUGUACUGUACAAAUCUCUAUGAAGAUUUGACGAAACUUUUGGCAAAAAAUGCUUACUCUGCUUCGAACGGUGUAUGGCACACACAUCUCCUGUCAUUGGACGCCCUUUUGACAGUUAUAGAAGGUAUAGAAAUGCAUUGCUCAGAUAGUAAAAGUUCUCAGGAUUUGCCUCAUAGUAAGAAGUCUACUAGUGAAAGCAAUGAAACUAUUGAAAGUAUAGGAAAUAUUAUAGGAAAACAUAAUCGCGUUAAGUAUAGUGAAUCUGUGCCUCCACUGGAUGAUUUGCUGGCCAAAAAAAGUAUUAAAAAGUGGUUACCUCAAGGCACUGAACACUUCAACAUCAAACCGAAAAAAGGUAUACAAUUCUUCCAAGAGCAUGGCGUUUUGAAGAGCGAUUCUGACAAUCAAGAGAUCGCCUUAUUUUUGAGGGAAAAUCCUGCUUUAGAUAAGAAAAUGAUCGGCGAAUAUAUUAGUAACAGGAACAACCUGCAUAUUUUAGACGCCUUUGUGAAGACUUUUAGUUUCACUGGUGUCAGGAUAGACGAAGCUUUGAGAAGUUUUUUGGAGACUUUUAGGUUACCCGGGGAAGCACCGACUAUAUCGCUGAUUUUGGAACAAUUUGCCGAACACUGGCAUAAAAGCAAUGGAGAGCCUUUUGCCGAUGUAGAUUCCGCCUUUACCCUAGCCUACGCUGUGAUUAUGUUGAACGUUGAUCAACACAACGAAAACGCCAAAAAACAGACUAUACCUAUGACGCCAUUGGCUUUUAAAAAGAAUUUAAAAGGUGUUAAUGGAGGUGACGAUUUCGAUGAACAAAUGUUAGAUGAGAUCUACAACACUAUCAAAAACGAUGAAAUCGUUAUGCCCGCAGAACAAACAGGUUUGGUUAGAGAAAACUAUCUGUGGAAGGUGCUAUUGAGAAAAGGAGCUUCAAAAGAGGGUGUCUACUUGCAUAUCCCCCAAGGGACCUACGAUUCCGAGCUUUUUAAGUUAAUCUAUGGUCCGGUAGUAACUGCCCUAUGCGCAGUUUACGAAAAAUCGGAAGAUUCGGGCAUUUUUAAGCGCAUCAUGCUCGGGUUCGAGAAAUGCGCGUUUGUGGCUGCGCAUUUCAACAUGACAGAGAAUCUGGACACUUUGAUAUUGUCCCUGUGCAAAUACACCGUCUUUUUCAAUCAAAAAAGACAAAAUAACAUUGCGAUAUCGUUUGGAUCCAACCAAAAAGCUCAACUAGCCCUAAAAACAGUAUUUUCCUUGGUACAUCUUCACGGAGACAAUAUUCGUGAUAGUUGGAAACAUAUUUUUGAUUUAAUUCUAGCUCUAUACAGUAACAAUUUGUUACCUAAAAGUUACAUUGAAGCGGAAGAUUUUAUCGAUCCCAGUGGAAGAAUAGUUUUGAGUUAUAAAGAAAUCGAAAAUUUACAGAAACAGGAUACAAGUUUGUUGAGUUCGCUGUAUUCUUAUAUGGUAUCGGCAGAAAAUCUCUCAAAAGUACCAUCGCCAGAAGAACAACAAUACAUAGCCAUAGCCAAAGAAUGUCUGAAGGAUUGUAACUUAGAUCAGCUAAUCACAGAUUCGAAAUUCUUGCACGAAGAGGCUCUGCUGGAACUGGCAAAGGCCUUGAUUGAACUGUCCAGAGGUCCAGAUGGACAGAGAAGCGUAGAGUAUGGUUAUAACGAGAGCGAGACUGUGUUUUUUAUGGAAUUACUUUUCAAAAUCGUCAUUCAGAACAGGGAUCGUGUUAUGACAGUUUGGCAACCUGUCAGAGACCACAUCUACACCCUAAUGAUGAACGCAUCACUGUUUGACUACCAGUUCCUCCUCGAAAGAUCGGUAAUAGGCUUACUGCGCAUAGCGAUUCGCCUGAUGCGCAACGAAGACAUGUGUCCAAUAGUAAUACAGUCGCUGCGCAUGUUGCUGCUGCUCAAAGGCACGACUUUGUGCAGGAUUUCCAAGCAGAUUUCUUUCGGGUUAUAUGAACUACUGAAGACUUCUGCGCAGAACAUCCAUACCACUACCGAUUGGACGAUUAUUUUUACUUUGCUUGAGUGUGUUGGAGCUGGAGCUCAGCCUCCUAAGCCCAUUGUGGACGAUGGAGUCAGUCAUGUUGAUCCUGGUACAAAGUCAGAAGGCGAGAACCAAAUAAACAGCGACGACGAAAGUAUCGUUUCGGACAGAGGCUACACUUCUGAUACCGAACUGACUAAAGCCGCUCGGACCAAUCAGAGAGCUCCCAGCCCGAUUUUAGUACCAAAUUCACCAAUAGGAACGCCCAAUACUGGAGGAUGGAUACUAGUUGGUAACGAAGGAGAAAUACAGCCAGUUAUAGGUCGUACGGUACCGCCUACUCAAUACGGAAUAGCUUUAGAAAGAAACUUGGGAGCGCAUAGCCCUACUAGUCUGAUCAAGUGCUGUGAAAGCCUCGCUUUUCUAGUGAGAGAUGUCGCUCACAUCACGCCGUACAACUUUGACAUUUGCGUCCAUUGUAUAAGAACGUUUGUCGAGGCCAGUUUACAAGAAAGUAAGAAAAGUGGAAAAAAAUCUAGUACCGGUAAAACAAGAGAGACUAGAACUCGAAGAAAGUUGACCAAUAGAAGAAAGUCCGAAAAUGCCAAGUCCAGAAGUCCCACGGCCAGCAGUCCAGAGGAGGAGGAUGACAGUAGUGACAGUGAAAUCCCUAGCGGCUAUCAUCACUUGUUGUUGGACCUUAUGCACACCCUGCACACAAGAACCGCGCAGAUUUUCAAAUGGUGGGCUGAAGAAGGUGGCGAAAUAGCUCAAGAAACGUCGCUAUGGACGCAGGGUUGGUGUCCGUUGUUGCAAGGCAUAGCGCGCAUGUGCUGUGACAGAAGAGAACAGGUUAGAAUAAGUGCCAUAGCGUUCUUGCAGAGGGCAUUGUUGGUGCACGACCUACAAACGCUUACAGGGCCGGAGUGGGAACAGUGUUUCCAUAGAGUUUUGUUUCCUUUGUUGAAUUACCUGUUGCAACCGGUAAGCCCCAAAGGGCCAGUUGCCAUGGCCGAGUUUAGGAAUAGAGCUGCCACAGUUCUCUCCAAGGUAUUUUUACAUCACUUGACACCGCUACUGUCUUUACCAACUUUUCCAAAUCUCUGGACUAACAUACUGGAUUUUAUGGAGAAAUACAUGCAUGCAGACAAAAGUGAUAUUUUGUAUGAAGCCAUACCGGAAUUGCUCAAAAAUAUGUUGUUAGUAAUGCACUCUGCUAAAGUUUUCGAUGAUGCUGAUGGAAAAAAUCAGCUGUGGCGAGUUACGUGGGAGAAAAUAGACAAAUUUUUACCUAAUUUGAGAGAGGAACUUUUUAAAGAGAGUAUACAGGAGCAUCAUGUACAGGAAGAGAAACCGCCUCAAAAUGUUUUUUAUUCUGCCCCAGUCAACUCGGUGCAGCACAGUAUUGAGAAUCUAACAAGGUCUAGUAUUAUUCUGCAACCUCCGAUAUCUCAGCAGCAAGUGUCAUCGCAUUUAUUCGCCCAUUUGGGACAGAUGGUUUCUACACCCAUAGGAUCGAAUCAGCAACACGAAACACUCCACACAACCACACCAACGACAUCUAUGUUACCUCCUAGUCAAAACCUCGUGACACCGUCGGUAGUUCAAACGACCAAGUCGCUUAUGCAACCGACUUUACAGCCCGGGCUGCCUUACAUGCCUAACUUGCUCACCAAUAUGGGUGGUAUUCCGUCACCACAAGUUGCGCUUCCACAAGACCAGCACACCUUUCCAGUAUUGUACAAUGCGCCUACUGUGAUUCCCAGCACUACAGCUACAGAGGUUCAACCUCUCUCUCUGUACGCGGAAUAUAUGGGAAACCCCUACAAUAUCCAAACAAAUGAAAGUAGAGAUGGACAACCCAUACAAAGAUCAUCAGAAGAAGCCAUAACACUUCAAAACAGCUCUAACAUAGAGCCAGUAUCUAGUCAAAAUCAUGAAAUGCCUAUAUUAGUUGGGACGGUAUCUCAUGAAACUGUCAUGUCGACGACACAGAGUGUAGGUUUUGACAGCGACAUACAUAUGCAACCGACGAACUUUUUUCAGUCAUCAAACUACUUUGACACUACGUCAAACAUACCGGCCGGCAGUGAAAUACUGUUUGGUGUGAAUAAAAAUUACGUAGACAACGCGACAACUGCCAUUACUGAAACGUCAUCUGUCAGUGCAGAGAUGAGUUCAAAUAUUUAAGAAAAUGUUUUAUUUUACAAUUUUAUCAGUUAAAAACUAAAUACCAUUGGAUUGAAAAAAAUUGAUCGUCAUUUCAAAGUCCAGUUGACGUCGUUCUUUUUCGAUCGUACGAUAUGUAACUAUUUUUUGUUGUUGUUGUAAAUAUAUUAAAAGAUAUUUUUUAUGGUAGGUGAAAAAAUAUAAUAAAUUAUAUACAAAAAUGUUUAAA